CUUGACGCCACGGAUGCUUACUGUUGCGUAUAUAUAAAAGACACUGUACUCUUGCGUCUCAGUAGACGAAUCUCAAAGUUUUUGUGAAAAACAUGGCAAGCAAAUUGGUAGUGUUGGCUCUUACAGCCGUAAUUGCUACAACAAUGGCUCAAUACGGAGGGAAUGAAGGAGGUUUUGGAGGAGGUUAUCCUGUGGGUGGCCAUGGAUCACACGGUGGUGGACAAGGUGGAUUUGGAGGAGGUGUUCCCGUAGGAGGACACGGACAUGGUGGUAGUGAACAUGGCGGAUUUGGAGGCGGUAUCCCCGUGGGAGGUCACAGACAAGGUGGUGACCAACACGGUGGAUUUGGAGGAGGUGUUCCCGUAGGAGGACACGGACAUGGUGGUAGUGAACAUGGUGGAUUCGGAGGCGGUAUCCCUGUGGGAGGCCACGGACAAGGUAGUGGUCAACACGGUGGCUUUGGAGGAGGUGUUCCUGUAGGAGGACAUGGACAUAGCCACGGAGGUUUUGGCGGUGGCCAUGGUGGAUACGGAGGACAUGGAGGACAUGGAGGACAUGGAGGAUUCAACUAACUAUGUAAUAGAUUAUGCAGAUCAAAAACCAAGUGUUGUUAAUAGUGAUAUGAUGACAAUUGUUUUCUCAAUUUCAACAUCAAUGAAUAGAGGAGUGCCAUAAAAAAGCAUUCUUGUUAUAAAUUACAACAACUUUUAUACUUCUUAAUCGGAUUUGCAAAUUUUUUAUAGAAGUUAACUCGUAAAGAAUUCACUUUUAUUUUACAAUAAAACUCAAUUUUAUAAAAAUAUCAAUUUUUUACUAUAUAAAAAUUCGUUAAAAAAUAAUUUUAUGCGUAAAAUCAUAAAGAAAAUAUUUUAAUUGUAACAACAAAAUUGUAAUAAUUGCAUUAAUUACAUUUUUUCGGAUCAAUCAAGCUUACUCUUAUAAAUUUAUUGUUCUGAAGCAUAAGCGUCAAUAUUUAUCUGUAAAAUAAGAAAACUAUAUAGAUUAAGUAAAUUAAUUCUGAAUAGUAGAGUUAUUUUGAAUUAAAUAUUACACAAUUGAAGCAGAAUCGGUCCUGAAAAUCUACAUAAUAUUUUCUAACUGAAAGUUUUUUUUAGUUAAAUGUUGAAGCACAAAUGGUACUUAUCUCUACAACACAAGUUAAUCGUGAUAAACACUAAAAGAUAUAAUAAAAUAUGUUAUCUAUCCAGUGAAACAUUUCGUUACGCAAAGUAAAAUAUAUAUAAAACACAUUAAGAUAUUGCACAUUUAAUGUAAAUAGUUGUAAUUAUUUCGAGAAAUCGUUAAUAAAGUCUGGUCAUUAUGGCUUGGUAUUACGAUAUCUCAAUUUUAUAUAUUUUUCAAAAAGUGUACUCAUCAGAUUUCGUAUCUUGAUUUACAAGUCAUAUCAUUUUUAAUACACAAUUGUAUUGCAAGUAUAGAAAAGUAUUACAACGAUUGACAACAAAAAGACAGGCGUACUUUUACAAUUCGCAGUAACACCCAUCACCAAGGUGUAUAGAAACUUCUAUGUCAUACAGCCAUGUGAGCAUGGUUUUGUUAUGCAGGCGCUACUCGAUGAAAGUAUCGUCGAGUAAAUUACCUUAAUGAUGAAAAUAUUAUCAUUAAGGUAAAAGAAAUUAACAAACAUUAAGCAUAUAUGAAAACAAAAUGAGAUUUGUUUUCAAUCCUAUCUUUGCAUCUUUGUAUCUUUGAUUUGUUAAUCAAAUUACGCAAGAAUAUGUAUUUUAACCGUCAUCUCAUAUUGUCCCGUAGGUAUGAAAAAUCGGAUGAAAUUGAAAAUUUCUUUUGCAAAUCGACCAAAAUAUAAAAUGUAAGUAUGUUAUAAAUUUUUACUUUACUUUGAUACAGGCUACGGUUAUUGAGGAGUUCAUAUCCCAGUCUUUGUAAUUUUGCAGCUGAUUGCAUAAUAUUGGUUUUUCAAAGUGAUUAAAUAAAUACGUGUUAAGCAAUAUUCAGUAAACGUAGUCGCAUUUGAAAUUCCUUUUUUAAUCAUUCAAAAAUAUUCAGUGGUUUCCAACUGACAGUAUUUUGAAAUUCUAAUGUAUUGAAUCAGAGCAAAUUGCUUUUUUCAUUUUACAUCGAAACACAAAUGGGUUUCGUUAUCUUUUUAUGAGUAUAAUUGUUAUUCGCGUCUAAAGUCAGGAUCCAACGUUUAACUGUAAAUAUUUAGCAACUAUAUUUCCCUGUCACAAUUAUCAUUGCGCAAUCACUAUAUUGUUUUCAGUUUCCGCGUGAAUCAGCGUCAUUACAUACGAUAUUAUUUUUAAUUGAUCGAUUUUCAGAAUGAUUUUAAUGCCACGGGAAAAUGUAUAAAUAAAGUUUUGCGCGGACAUACGAAGAAUGCGUAUGAAUAAAAUACCAUAAAUAACUAAGGUCGCCGUGAAAAUACGAUCUUUCACACAGUUAACAAUGCGACGUGUUCGCAUAUUAUAUUAGCAUCGCAUUAGUUAUUCGGCGAGUUGGAGGAAUGACCAAAGCACGAUCGGCACAAAGUCUACCAGUGCCAAUAAAACAUCGCAGUAAUAGCGACGUGUUGAGUCUCUUGCUAGUGAAGAACUUGGUUGUACGUUAUUUGAGAUUUUUUUAACCGGAAAAGUAAUUUAUAAGAAGAGUGUUUGUGGAAAACUUUGUACUUGACAUUCUAUGAAGUAUAAUAGAUGGUACUUUUAAUCAGCGAACGUCACUGGUGUCUUUUUUGCUGACGAUAAAACCACGGAUUGUUUGAUAUACAAGAAUCCGGAUUCUGAAAGAAAUAAUACGAUCAGCGCGCUGUGGCACUCAUUAUUGAUCAUUAUUAAGCAACUAGUGUAUAUAAAGUUUUAAUCUUAGCUCGCCGAGAUCAUAUCGCAGUAGAAAAAUCCAAGAUUUUGCACUGUUGAAAAUGGUGACGAAACUAUUCGCGGCAAGCACUGCUAUCAUUUUACUCGGAAUUACAACUGAAGCCACCGCUCAAUUUCGAUAUGGAUAUGGUCACGGAUAUAACCACCACUCUCACCCUUAUUAUCCACAGCAGAGACCAAGCUAUGGUAGCUUCAAUGGAUAUCCGCAACAAAAUACAUAUGAACAACAAUUGCCUCCUGGUGUCUCGGUACAGGAAGCCGAGUGGGUGUGCAAAAAUCCUAAAACGGGCGACAUGAUGAUUAUUGCCACAGAUAGCAUUGGUUCAAAAAGUAAUAGUCCUGUCCAUUUGCAUAAAGUAGAUUCACCAAACAACCAAGCCCACUAUAUUCAACCUCAGAUAACGUUUGGUAAGCCAUCAAUUUCAGAAUUAAACCCGACUUAUACUACAACAGAAAAGAGUCCAAUUUGGCAAGGUGGCAACUAUUACCAACCGCAACAAUCUCAAGUUAAUCCAACAACAGAAAUUUAUACAACAAUUAAGAAAGAACAAGGCCCAGUAUGGCCAAGUGGAAAUAUUGCGACUACGAAGAAAUCAGUUUAUAAAACUACUCCACAACCUGUUAAACCAAUCUGGUCUAGUAAUGACGGGACUGAAAAUAAUAACAAUGGAAAGAAGGGAUUCACGGUCGAGGAUGAACCCACGACAGAGUUACCAUUCUAUAUUAAUCCAUUCCUCAUUCCGACUACUCAGAAACCACAAACAACAACGACUUCUACUAAUUCUGAUGACGAUGGUGAAGAAAUCGAAAUUGUCUUCGGAUAAAGUAAUCAAACAUUGUUAGCACUGCUAUUCUAAAAUGUGAAUGAACAUUAAUUAAUAUAAUUGUAAGAAAAAGAAAUCAAUUAAACAUUAAAAGAUUCUUUUAGAACUUGUAUAAAAAAACAACAAAUUACAAAACAAUAAGGGUGAAUAACAAUGAAGCAAACCGGACCUUGGUGGUUUAGCUGUGACAAACAAUUCUGAUGUUUUAGUAUCUUGUUAAAUAUAGUAAACCAAUUAUCUUCCAUAAAUUGAUAACCAAUACUAUACAUUAUUCUUUUACUUUUAUAUAAGCUAGAUGUUUAACGUGUUUUUUCUAUAACAUUUUAGCUAAUAUUCAAGUUUGUUCAUCGCGUAAUGAUGAGUAUAUCUAAUUGUGUAUGUUUCGCAGAGAGAUAUAUCCUUUAUUUAGUGAUUUUCUUAUCUUCAUAAUUUUAUAAUUAAAUUUUUAUACGAGUACCAAGAUUCUACCCAAGCAUUCAGGUAAAAUAAUUUAUCUACUAACGUUUUUAAGAGCAAAUUUCAAUUUUCAAAGAAUUCUUAAUAUUAUUGCACUUGAAUAUCAUAUAACAGUUAAGUUAAUUAAGUUAAAGUAAAAAUUCAUUACAGUAACAGAAAUAUUCAGAAAUAUAAAGUUAAGUGGAAAGUUGAAAUGAGAAAUUAGAAUCUGUGAUUCGAUAUUUAAACCAAAUACUGUAAUUAAAGAAAUACAAAGAAAGCUUAAUAUGUCACUGUUUAUUAACUUAAGUAAGAGUCUAAAUUAUCUACGUAAUUUUUCAUAAAACUGAAUUUCUGAAAUAAAAAUAGCAGUGAAAAAGGAGAUGAAAGGUAGGUUUCAAAAGCAAAUAUGAACCGAGGAAAAUAACUAUAUCAUCCGAGACUCGAUUAACUUGUUUACAAUAAUAGAAAAGCUUUUUGUAAAGUCACAAUGUAAAAUAAAAUUGAUAUAAAAUAAAAUUGAUAUAUUUCAUAAAAUCAUUCUUGCCGAAUUCACCGAAUAAACAGCCGAGUAAAAGUCUACCUACAUUUAUUAUAAAGUAAUUAUUACAUGCUGUAUAUGAUACAUAAUAAUAACAA